AUGGCGUCGGGAUAUGGAAUGCAUGGCGGCGUUGGACGCUGCUUUCCCUUCUGGCAAGAAGUCAUGGCAUGUUACGUCGUCAACACCACCGCCGAGGACGAUAACGGGAAGAAAAAAUGCUCGCCCGGGCUGGAGGACUACUACGAGUGUUUACAUCACAAGAAAGAGGUCUGUGUUGGUGCCGGAAACACUCAAGCGUUGUAG